AUUAAAUGGAAGUGGAAACUUAGAAUAUGACAUAAGAAGAACUUGAACUCUUUAAAUUAUUGAAAUAGAGAGAAUAAGAAUUGGAAUAUUUAGACAUUUAAGAAUAAUAUUUGAAAGAUGAUUAAAAAAGAUUGAAAAGAGAAUUAGUAAGGAGUAGAGAAGAAUUAAAAAGAAUUUAAGCAGUCCCGUUAACAGUCGGGUAAAUAUCAGAAUAUAAAUCUUAAUUAGUCAUUUUAAUGAAAUGAUGAAUGAGAAUUACGCUUUGAUAAAUUCUAAUGGUGGAGCAACACUUUAUGUGAGAGUGCUAAGUACAUUGGAUAGAGAGAAAUUAAAACCAAAUACAUCAAUAGCAUUACAUAGACAUUCACAUAGUGUAGUUGAUAUUUUGCCAACUGAAACAGAUUCAUCAAUUCAAAUGAUGCAUGUAACAGGUAUUAUUAGAUAUAAAUAAAAACAGAAAAACCUGAUGUGAGUUAUUAAGAUAUAGGUGGUUUGGAUUAAUAGAAAUAGGAAAUAAAAGAAGCAAUUGAAUUACCAUUGUCUUAUCCUGAAUUAUAUAGAUAAAUAGGUAUUGAUCCACCAAGAGGUGUUCUUUUAUAUGGUCCUCCUGGUACUGGAAAGACAAUGAUAGCAAAAGCAGUGGCACAUCAUACAACUGCAUCAUUUAUUAGAGUUGUAGGAUCAGAGUUUGUUUAGAAAUAUUUGGGAGAAGGACCAAGAAUGGUUAGAGAUGUAUUUAGAUUAGCAAGAGAAAAUGCACCUAGCAUUAUCUUUAUUGAUGAAGUUGAUUCUAUUGCAACAAAGUAUUUUAAUUAAGUAUUUAUAUUUUAGACGUUUUGAUGCUCAAACAGGAGCGGAUAGAGAAGUAUAGAGAAUUCUUAUUGAAUUACUCAAUCAAAUGGAUGGUUUUGAUUAAUCUACAAAUGUCAAGGUUAUUAUGGCUACUAAUAGACCUGAUACUCUUGAUCCUGCACUUCUUAGACCUGGGUAAGAUUUAAUUAGCUAUUACUUUUAGACGUCUUGACAGGAAAAUAGAAUUCCCUUUACCUGAUAGAAGAUAAAAGCGAUUGAUAUUCUAAACUGUUACAUCCAAAAUGAAUUUGUCAGAAGAAGUUGAUCUAGAAGCUUUCAUUAAUAGACCUGAUAAGAUUAGUAAUGCUGAUAUUGCUGCCAUCUGUUAAGAAGCUGGAAUGUAGGCUGUUAGAAAGAAUAGGUAUGUUGUCAUACAAAAGGACUUUGAUAAAGCCUACAAAAUUGUAGUUAGGAAAACUGAGAAAGAGUUUAAUUUUUACAAAUGA